AUGGUUGGCUUCCUAUCAUGGUCCGUCUCUGCGCUGGUGUUCAGCGCCCUGGCAGACUCAUGUGACCCCCAGUCCAAGAACAAGACACAAGAUGUAUUCUCAACCAACUGCAAAGGAGGACGAUACACGUACAAAGAACUCGCGGCGUUUGGCUUCAUACCCAGCGACACGCGAGACAAGUUUGGCGACACCUUUAGCAUCGGCUCGUCCAUCAGCAUCGCGUCAUGGCAAAAGAAGGACGCAAACAACUAUGAGGGAAUCCUCUUUGGCUUGCCGGAUCGUGGCUGGAACACAAACGGCACGGUAAACUACCAGCCUCGCAUUCACCAGUUCAAAGUCACCAUGACGCUGGCGGCCAAUGCGACUGUCGACAAGCCCUCCGCCGCCAACCUCGCCUUCGAGUACAGGGAUACUGUUCUUCUCACGGAUCCUGCUGGCAAUCCCGCCACGGCCCUGGACCCAGACCAGACUGGUGGUUUGGACUUCGCCAACUUCCCCCUUCUCCCGGCGUCCACCUUCUCGGGGGACGGGUUUGGCGGGAAUGGGCCCGGCGGGAGACGAGUCUCCAUAGAUCCCGAGUCUGUUGUUUUGGAUAAAGACGGUGGAUUCUGGAUCGGCGAUGAGUACGGUCCUAAUAUUUACAAGUUUGACAAGAGCGGCAAGAUGAUUUUCGCGGUGCCGCCACCAGAUGCCCUCGUUCCGAUUCGAAACGGCUCUGCAAGCUUCUCGUCCAACAACCCCCCUCUGUUCGACCCCCAAAAAGUGCCCAACCCCAAAAAACCAGUCCACGGUCGGCAAAACAACCAAGGCUACGAAGGCAUCACCAUCAGCCCAGACGGCAAGUCCCUCUUCGCCAUGCUCCAAUCGGCCACCAGCCAAGACGGAGGAACCAGCGACAAGACACGCGCAAAUACCCGUCUCCUCCGGUACUCCAUCCAAGACGGCAACACACAGCCCAAGUACGAAGCGGAGUUCGUGGUGCCGCUGCCGACAUUCACAGACGCACAGGGAAACGUCAGCGCCGCUGCGCAGUCCGAGAUUCACUUCGUGUCGGGCACGCAGUUCCUCUUUCUGCCACGGGACUCGGACAACGGACGCGGCCAGGAGAGCACCACGUCCGUCUUUCGACACGUCGAUGUGUUUGACAUUUCUGACGCCACCAACAUCAAGGGCGAAGCGAGCGACGGGUUCAAUUCAUCUAUUGCGAGUGCCGAUGGGGUUUUGAAAUCGGGCAUCAAGCCUGCGACGGUGUGUUCCUUUAUCGACGUCAAUAUCAAUGCGCAGCUGAAUAGGUUUGGGGCGCAUAAUGGAGGCGAGGCUGAUGCGGGACUGUUGAAUGAGAAGUGGGAGGGAUUGGCGUUGGCGGCUGUUGAUGGUGAGGGCAAGGGGGAUGAGUAUUUUUUAUUUGCGUCUUCGGAUAAUGAUUUUAUAAGCCAGAAUGGGUCCAUGAACUUUGGGAAGACGCCAUUCAAGGAUGUCUCGGGGUUUAGUCUGGAUAAUCAAAUGCUGGUGUUUAGGGUCACUCUUCCCAAGGGUAGUAAGCCGUUGUUGAAGUAG